AUGGAUCGUCCUGUGGCCGGCCACGUCGCCCUCCCGGACGACCUACUUUUCAUGGAAGUCCUGGUGCGCCUCCCCGUGAAUCGCCUCGUGCGCUUCAAGCGCGUCUGCCGCUCCUGGCGCGCCCGCAUCGAGGACGCCGCCUUCGUACGCCGCCACCGCGACUUCUCCCGCGCGGCUCCGCCGUCCAUCCUCGUCACGCCGUGGAAGUAUUCCAUCGACGAGCUCUCCGAGGACAUCACCUUCUAUUGCCUGCGGCCGGGACAGACGCCCGGCGGCUUCGAGGCCAGGGCAGGGCUGCUGCUUGAAAAGGCCGCUUGCCCGGGAGGCAUCACCAAGGGGAUCCACACCACGCACUGCGAUGGCCUGGUCGCCAUCGCGACCACCACCAACCGGAUAUUCGUGUGUAACCCGGCCACCAGGGAGCUCGUCGCGCUGCCGCCCGGCAGCCCGGACGUGAACUACCAGAACUAUCCAUCGGCAGUGAUCGGUUUCGACCGGUGCCGCAACCAGUACGUCGUCUCCAGGUACUUCUACCGGCGGCGGGGCUACGGCAAGUUAAGCUCGCAGUUUGACUACGACAUCGGGCACGAGGUCUUCACGCUCGGGGGCGACUCCUGGGAGCUCACCGUCGACCCACCGCAAGCCAUCGGCGGCAUGCCGCCGGUCUACACGGGAGAAGCCUUCUACCGGGUGUGCGAACCUGCGGCCGCCCAAGAUUCUCGGUCAAGCCCACUGUUACGGUUCAGCUUGCGUGACAGGACGUUCCACUUGAUUCCAUGCCCUCCUGCCCACCCCCUCCUCUACCAUCUCGCAGAACUAGACGGCAAGCUGUGCUACGUUAACUACGGUGCCUCGUUGACGACCUUAGAUGUGUGGCAGCUCGAUGAAGAUGGGACGCUCUCAACGGCGCAGUGGUCGCUGCGCUGCCGCGUCCAUCCAGGACCACGAUACGGCAACGGCUCCGCGUGCUACUGCUUCUUGCCUCUUUGGGCCACCGGGGGUCGGAUGCUGGUGAUGGUGUCCGGCAUCGGCCAGAAGCUAUGCUGGUACAACGAGACGAGCCCAGUUGUGGAGGAAGUGCUGGACCUGGAAGACGAGUCUAGGGACUAUGAUCACCAUGUUGUUCCAUACAGGGAGAGUCUCAUCUCCAUCAGCAAGUGUAAGGUGUGA